AUGUUAUAUUAUUUUAGGUCACUACAAUAAGUAAAUGUCAGGCACCCAAAAUCUCACACAAACCUCUGAAAAUUUUAAUUGAUGCUGUGCGAAUUGGAGGUAGAUUUCCCACUCCGUGAGAACUGCCCAAAAUCUCGCACAAACGUCCGAAAAUUUCAAUCGAUGUCAUGUGAACUGGAGGUAGAUUUCCCACUUUGUGAGAACUUGUCAUGACUGCUUAUGGAUCCAUCGUGAUAGGGCCUUCUUCUUCUUUUUUUAUCGUGAUCAAGGUCUUCCUUCCAGCCAAAGGUUCGUUCGUUUUCCAUUACUUUUGCUUAUAUUGCUUUGUAGUCACCUAUUGAUUGCUCGACUAACUUCAUAAUUUGUUUUUAAUCCUUCAUAUUUUCUUAUAAAUAUAUUGGGGCUGUUGUUUUAUUAUUUCAGACGAUUGGCUUUUAGGUACUUUUUCUCUUCUUGAAUCUUAGGCAUGAUUUUGUAGACUUUUGAAGCUUCCAAAAAAGGACUUUGCGAAGUGCUUGUAAGACAUGAAAAUUUUGAAAUUUGAGAGCUAGCAGCUACUUGUUAUUGGAUGGAUUCAUGUGAUUCAAGUGCCUAUGUGCUUCUUUAAAACUUGCAUGUGGGUUAUGGGAUGUGUGAUGAUGUUAGGAAGGUUAGGGGAAGUGAUGAAAGAAAAAGACCUAGAGAAAGGUUCAAGCGUUGUGAUAGAACUCCCUUGAGGGAGUUAUUCUUAAGUUCUUUGCUAGAGAUAAUCCUGGCUUGUUCCCCACCUUCCCCUUAGUUCUAUACUCUGUGCAGAUUGUGGUAAAAAUGGUCCUGAAACAAACGAGAAUGUGUAAUAUCUUGGCUUUUUGGCCUUUGGGGUUUUCUUGAGCUUCAUUGUUUGAUUUUGGCAUUUUAGGCCUUAGGCUUUCGGGCUUGUCCCGUUGGAUUGGGCUUUUGCCCUUGGCUAUAUUUGUCCAACCUUUGGUUGGACUCCCCUUCCCCUUUUUUGUUGGAGAGUCCUCACUAGGUUUGAAUUGAUUUUUUCCUUAAUUCUUGCCCAAAUACAAGGCUAGGGUUUUGAUUUGAUUUUUUCCUUAUCGGAAGAUUUUGCCCUAAUACAAGGCUAGGGUUUUGAUUUUCAACUGCUCCAUCUUUUGAGAUUCCUGGUGCAACUGAUUUUGAUGGAUUUCAGAAAGAAGCUAUCCAAAUGGUGAAACCAGCAGAGGGCACAACAACGCUGGCUUUCAUUUUUAAGGAUGGUGUAAUGGUUGCUGCUGACUCCCAUGCUAGCAUGGGAGGCUACAUCUCUUCACAAUUUGUGAAGAAAAUUAUUGAAAUUAACCCGUACAUGCUCGGCACAAUGGCUGGUGGAGCAGCUGAUUGCCAAUUCUGGCAUAGAAACCUAGGCAUUAAGGUAUGUGUUCGCCGUUGGGAGCAAAAGGGUAUAAACUUGGCAAAAUAGUAAGCUUCAAAUAAAGAACAUCUCCGUGGGCGAAGAAUUGGGGUACUUGAAUGAGAUGACUGCCUAGUUUUGGAUUACAUUUUCUAGAAAGAGAGAUUACAUUAGUGGUAUUUUUAUGAGUGUAAUUAGUCUGACUCUUAAAUGUAGUUUGUGCUGGAAAAUUAUUCUUCAAGCUAUUGUAAUGAAUCUUCGGUUGAAUUAUUUAUCUUACAUUGAAAUUGUAUCGCGUUUGGAUGUACUUUGGUAUUGAAUGGAAUGCAGAUUAUGAA